AGCGAAAAUACCGUGAAUCGAGUAUUUUUUUUUCUCCUUGCUCCUUCCUAAAUUCCUAAACUUCCUCUGUGAAACCGCUCCAACUUCACAGCAUCAUGAAGUGGAGGUCAAUGUUCAAUCGCGACAAUGAUGGUGCGACGCGCAUGAUUGACGAAGCCAGCGCUCUGCUCCCCACCCAUACCGAUCGAAUCCCCAGUGCUAUUCCCGCCAAAGAGGUCACAAAGGUUGCAUUACGCCUCAAACAUCAAAUCGAGCAAGUCGUCCCUUGCGAGCUUGAGGAGGAUAGAAUAACCGCCGCUCACUCAAACAUCAUCACUCCAAAGGUUGUCGAAACAGCCCGAUCUGCUGGAAAGCAUGGUCGCUCCAAUUCUUCUGACGAUGACUACUCUGCCUGUGUGGUUUUCUGCUUGUUGAUUUGCAAGAAAUGGUUCAAGCGACAAGCUUUGUUGGAGCUAUGGGAUGCUGAUAUGCAUGAAGUUCGUGCUGUCGCUUGUGAGGUCAUUGCUAAGGCUAUCAUUGAAUCCGAGGAAGAUUCUGGUUUCUUGCUGCAAAGCAUCCUUCUAAAGAGAUACAGCAUCAUCCUAAAUGGAGAGGAGACCGUCCCCAACAACGUCAUCGAAAAGGCUGUUGACUUGCAUGCGCUCAGAGUCAUUGGAAGCUCUGGCUAUCAGAAGUGCAUCUCCUAUCUUUGGCGUGGCUGGCUGGUUCAAGACGAGGACGACCCGACUCGCUUUGUUGACUACAAGUUGAAGACUUCGACAAGCUAUUGGGAUCAUCUCGACCCCGACCGCAUGCGUGCUCCUCUCUACCAGAACGCCCUCCAGGUCUUCAUCAGUCUGCUCUACCUCGGUUUCUACACUGGCGCCAUCAACACCAUCAACCCUACUGGUGAUCUCGAUGUUAUCGAGGGCCUGCUCUACCUUUUCACUCUUGGAUUCCUCUGCGAUGAGAUUGCCAAAUUCUGGAAGGUUGGAAAAUACUACUUUGGAUUCUGGAACUCCUUCAACAACACUCUGUAUGCUUUGUUGACUGUCUCGUUCGUCACAAGAAUGAUUGCUCUUGGUCAUCACGUUGGCGAUGAAAACAGACACAAGUUCAACGAACUCAGCUACAACUUCCUUGCCUUCUCCGCCCCGAUGUUCUGGUGUCGUCUGCUGCUCUACUUUGACACUUUCCGCUUCUUCGGUACCAUGCUCGUUGUGCUUAAGGUCAUGAUGAAAGAAUCACUCAUAUUUUUCGCCCUCCUGUUCUUCGUUAGUAUCGGCUUCCUGCAAGCUUUCGUCGGCCUGGACCAAGAAGAUCAAAAGCUUGAUGCCACAAACUUCAUCAUUCAGGCCAUGAUCAACGCUGUCAUGGGCAGUCCGGAAUUCGAUGGAUUCGACAACUUUGCUGCUCCGUUCGGCUUGAUCCUCUACUACAUCUUCACUUUCAUCGUCAUCGUCUUGUUGUUGAACAUUCUCGUCGCUCUCUACAACAGUGCUUACGAGGACAUCACCGAACACUCUAUCGAUGAGUACAUGGCUCUCUUCGCACAGAAGACUUGCCAAUUCGUCCGUGCUCCUGACGAGAAUGUCUUUAUUGCUCCUUUCAAUCUCAUCGAAUUGGUUUUCCUUGUCCUGCCUUUCGAAUGGUGGAUGGAUAAGAAGAACUAUGAACGUCUCAACGACUACGUCAUGGCAACCAUCUACAGUCCUCUGUUGCUUGUAACCGCAGCUCUUGAAACAAGGGUAGCCCACAAAGUCCGCUUUAACCGUAAGAGAGGAGAAGAAGAUGAAGAUACUAUUGAGGAAUGGGAGCAGAUGGAUGGCGAAUUCGACUUUGAGGGUGAUGGUUGGACGAAGGUAUGCGAAGAAACGAAGCCCAAUGUGGAGGUUGAUGGAACUUUGGUCGAGGUCAAGGAGUUGAGAAAAGAGAUUGAAGAGUUGAAGAAGAUGUUGAGAAGUCUCAAGGAUUAAGGAUGGGCUCAAUAAUCUCUAUGCUCGUAGGAACAUGGGGCAACGCUGCUCACGGCAGUUGUCGUGCAAACAGACGGCAGUCAAAUAGAGAGGAGAUGGUCGUUCUGAAUCAUGCCGUUGUCCAAUGAUCGUCAGGUCAUGCAACAUUAUUUUUCGUUAUCCCCCCGUGGCAGGAAGGGCCCGAAUCCUGCUCCUGUCAAGACCGGAGCUCCGGCUUCGUACUCAAGCAAGUUACGGUAUUUCCGACUCUGGGGUACCUGAAUUACUUUACAGCUCUCGAACUAUGGAUGAACACUGUGAUCGUGUACCCGAGCGAGGUUCCCUUGUUCGGUCCUUCGGCCCUUAGAAUGUUCUUGCCUCAUCUCAGUGAUAAGGGAUGUAGAUUAUCUCAUCAGGACGGA